GUGAUCGCUGCCACUGGCAGCCAGCACACGUAUACAGCAAACACGGUGGCCACAUCCAACAGAGUCCGUAUACUCCUCCGCAGUUCUCACUCGACCACGAUCAACGAUAGAUUGGAUCGUUUCUCUCGGUUACCAUCGAUUUUUAUCGCGCCUUCCGGCUCACAAAUUCGAGUGAAUAAAUAAAUGUUUUAUCAGAGAUCGAACGUUAUGGUGGGCAGCCAGAGUUUCAGAUGAAAAUCAAAUGAACUGUGAAUUCAUUCAGAACACAUUUGCUGUUUGUGAAAGAAAAUCGAUUUUCGCAGAUUUUUUAAGUUUGAUUUUUAACCAUCGUCGAGUGAAUCAGUUGGAUUUUUUGGAUUUCCCCGGUGAUGUCGUCGAAGCCGCAUUACAGCUCAACCGAGGUCAUCACAUCGAAUUAACAAAACGUCGAUAAAAACGAAAUCUGCCAUAAUGCUGAAGAUGCCAACCACCCUAGUGACCCUGGGGCUUUUGCUCCUCGUGACGACACCAGCGCCAACAUUGGGCCUCUGCACUUUGCAGCACAACGGCACGCUUGCUCAAUGCCACUACCUCGACGAUAUCAAAUUCAUCAAUACUAACCAGCUUAAAAGUCUGAAAGUUACCUCCGUCGGUAAGCGCCUCUCCGCUUCAGUGUUCGGCAACAUCACGACACUGCAACACCUGGAUCUGUCUCACUUAAAACUCCGUGAAAUCGUCCCAGGAACUUUUUCAAACCUUCCAAAUCUGCUUAGCCUGGAUCUCUCCCACAAUCACUUAACGCACCUGGGGCGUGGAACCUUCGAGGGCCCAACGAACCUGCACGUCCUGAACCUUCGUGGUAACUCCUUACUUCGAAUUCCAGUGGAUACGGCUAAUCUAAAAGACCUGAAGUUCCUAGAACUCUCUUCCAACAAACUCUACUGCGACUGUAAGACCCUGAACCUGCGCGAUACUUUGAUGUCUCAGGGUGUCAUUACCUCGAAGAAGACGCUCUGCGCGGGUCCAGGAACAUUGACAGGAGUCGUUCUGUCCGAACCCAAAGCGGAGGUCAUUUGUAUGUUUGAGAAUCAGGACAGAGAUCCCGGAAUGCAAAAGGACCAAGCGGAGACCAUUCCUGAAGGAUCUGGAGAGCCUGGAUCAGGUGAUGUCGUCGAGCAAGUCAAGGACACAGACGAACUUGAUAAAACUACAGACUCUAUUAUCGAAAAAGUUGAAACAUCUGUGGAAUAUGGAACGACCGUUCCAUCCGCCAACACACCCGCCCCGACCACAGCUGUUGCAUCAGCCACACAGGGCGAAGGACUCUUGAUCACCGAAGAGCAAAAGCGAGCCUCCACCAUUUCUCCAUCGAUAGCAUCAACAACAGCGGCAAAUAAUUCAGAAGCCUGGAAAGCUUUGAAUGGUCUGACUGAAGGAUCAGGCGACGAUGAAGCUGAGGGUUCAGGUCUUGAUCUUCUGAUUCCACCGAUAACCUGGGAUAACAUCACAGAUGACACCCCAGAAGAGGAAGGUCAUGUCCCUGUGGAAAAUAUAACUCCAAAUCCAGCGACAACGACAGCCGCUCCGAGUCUGUUCAAGACGUUUUGGGAGCUCUUCGCCGGGGGUUCAUCAGACCCAACAACAUCAGCUCCAAUCACCACGUCAACUGAGGAUUCCCGGCCGGAAGAGGAAGGGUUCAUGGUUGUUCCGUCUGCUCCUAAACCAGUAGACGAAAAUCCUAUUGUCCCGAUCUCGGUGAGUCCGGUGGAAGGGGAAAAGAAGCCAAAUGAAGCGACGAACGAAAAAAUUCAAGAACAAUCCAAGUCGGAAUCACUAGGGGAGACAGUGGCAGUUGAAGGAACUCAGACUGCAGGAGCUUCAGCAACGACUGAAACGAAGAAGGGAAUGGGUUCCUACGUUGUUCUAGGAGUUCUUCUAGGAGUUCUAGCAGCAUUGAUUGGAGUCGCCGCGUACAAAGGCGACUUUUGUAAAAAGGCGAGGAAGAGGAAUUCCAGAAGACACGAUGGGAAUGACGCGGAGAACGGAACCGAGUCGAAAGAUCUUCGAAAAUCUUUGAUAGAAUCCAAGACGUCAGUGCACCCAAAAAUUUCAUCAAAUGGAAGUAAACCGGAGUCAAUGCCGCUAGUCACCAGUGCAAUUCCGGAAGAACUCAGAUCUGAUGAAGAGCCAACCGCCAAAUACAUUGGAUCCGUACCUGAAUCCUCUGCAGAUCCCAUCAAACCACCGAGAAAAUCGUUUUCUCCUGCAGAAGCCGAGAGACUGGAAACUAAUGGAAAUGUCCCGAGUACUGAAGAUGUUGGAGAUGGUCCAAUAGCUCCGGGCUACAGUGAUAAUCUUGUGAAUGGUAAAAAUGAUAGGGACUCCAUGUGCUCGGUCGGGGAAUCCCAAUCCUUAAGAUCUGUCUCCAAUCAUCGACUAAGUAACCCAUCGCCUUCGAGUCCUGGUGCACAGAGGGUCAAGAUAACAAUGCAGGAUAAUCCUGAUAGUGUACCUAAGACACCGCUACUCAUCACUAGGACUAAAGCUGGUGAAAACCUAGUCAAGACAUCCUGAAGAGGUGUGAAGAGGUUAUGAGAUUUGUGAUCAAUUGAAAGACAUUUUUUCAAUUUUUUUUUAUGACCUGGAAGAGUUCACAGGAGUCAAGGAAAGUGGGGGGCAGUACGAAGUCGUUAAUUUUUUGAAGUUUUUUUUUAUGAAUACAUUCGAAGGACAUGUUCAUCCAUUAUCCGCGGGAGUGGAUGUAAAUUUUAGGAUCCUCCUGUUCGCAGAAAACUAUUUUAGGUUAGAUAGUACUUCCAGUGGUUUAUAAUCCAACCAAAAUUUCUUUUCAGUGGCAAAAUCAGAGAACCAACAAUUUGGGAAUGAAAACCAUGAAAAUUCAUGUAUGAAAUUGGAUACCUGAAGCUGAGAUGAUACGAGAAAAGGAAAUUUGGUUGAGCUAUAUUUGAUUAUCAAAGCUGUAAAAUUUUUUUAUAACUAAACCAAAAAUUUUUUUCCGUCGAAAAAAUUAAGGAAUGAACAAUUUCAGAAGCAAAAUUAUGAAAAUCAAUGUAUGAAAUUUAAUACUUGAAGCUGAGUUGAUGAGAGAAAAGAAAAUUUGGUUGAGCUGUAUUUGAUUAUCAGAGCUGUUAGAUUUUUGACUUUUUUUUAUGAUAAAAUCGUGUUGGAAGAGUUUUAACGAUUUUUAGAAUUAUGAGAUUAGUCUGUGGAGAUGAAUUCACUUGGGAAAUGAGGAGAAUUCGAAGUGAUAAUGUGGCAGCUCAGAAUAGAAAAAAUAUUGAGGUUAGGAAGCGCUAAAAAUGUACGUGUUAUGGCGUCUUCUUGAGGGGACCUCUUUGGUGUUAAUUCCACGUCUUCAGGUGGUGAGUGACAUGCGGGGCUGUCGGAAACCGAAGUCAAAAAGAUGACAGAAACAUUCAAGUGUCAGUAUGAGUGUAGGAAUGAUUAUCUAUCUGUGGAUAUGGACAACUCUACGGUGCAUUUUGUUGCGUUGUGUGAAUCCAUCAUUUGCUGCGGUGAAUCAAGAGAUAUAAUUAAGAGAAAUAAUGAUAUAUCGAUGAAUAGCAAUUUCAUCUCGAUUUUGUAGAGGGGCGACUGUUUCAUUGGCAUCCAAGUGACAUCAUGUUAGCCAUAUUGAAAAAUUUGACAUAAAGUGUUUGAUUAUGUAAUUUUGAUUAUUCAGUAAAUAUCACAACAUUUCCAAAGUCACUGAUUAUAGAGCAGAAAGAGAAUUAUAUCCUCAAGGAUCGAAGUUUCUAUGAUUCAUUAAAAUAAUGAUUAUAAUACCUAAUGAUGAACGGAUAUGGAUUUUACGUGUGAACAAUUGGAAUGGAAAAUAGGUAUCGCAAUGUUUGGAAUUAGAGAAUUAUGGAAAGUUUGAUUUUUUUUAUUUAUAAGUUAAAAUCUGGAGGGAACUCGAAAAAGUUAUUGUGUAUGGUUCCGUGCAGUGUUGCCAGAUGGCGGUAAAAAACAUCUAAUCGAUUUUAGGUAGUCAUCAUAAAUCCAAUGAAGUCGAUAAAGAUAGUGAUUACCAUCUUUCAAGAGCCUUUAUUUACUUCGUAUUGAUAUUUGGGUAUGACGUGAGAUAAUUUGGAAAAUCAAAAAUUUUUUUCGAAAUCAUAGUCAUGUGGUAAUCAUAGUUCAAUGCGAUUUUUCGAGGACAAGUGAUUCGUCAAAUCUGAGCAAUUAAUAUUUCUUUUGAGCAACAACAUUUGGAUAAUGCGUUUAUGUUGAACUUUUAGAUUAAAGUAGCUCUGCCCUUUCAAUAAAUUCAAUAAUUAUCAAAAGCUACCCGAAAUUUUUAGGAAAUUCGAUCACAUUUGGAAUCGUAAUUUUUCCUGAAUUCAAUCCUGGCUUAUUUUUUUUAAUGAGUUAAAAAAAUCAGAAGUUAACGCAGUGUCUUAUGGAAAAAUCAAUAUUUCCGUUGUAGUCAAAUCUGAAUUUUUCAUUAUGCGACUUAAACAAAUCAAGAAAUGGUCUGACACUACUUAAAGAUCAUCUAUCGUUUAUGAAACAAACUCUAUAAUUUGUUUAUAAGAAGGAAAUGGUCUAAAAAAUAUCACUGCUUCUUGAAAUUUAAUUUGGAUAAUGCUGACAAUGUCUGAUUUUAAAAAAAAUUCUAUUCAUAUAAUUAAUCGGAAAAUUUGGCGACUAAAAAUAUUCAAAAUCCGGUCGGUAAAAUGCUGACCUGAGGGUAGAGCUACUUUAAUGCGGAAAUUUUUUCUCUCUAAUUCCAAUUUUCUCAAAAGUUUUUUUCUUCGAUGACUUUGAAAAUCAUAGAUUUGGGUUUUCAUAGUAAUUUAAUAUUCCAAACAACAAGAUCUCAAAACACUCUUUUUCAGAGUUAAAUUCGACCUCCAAUUUCUUCCCCCUAUGACUAGAUAAACAUCUAAAAAUAUGUCCAGUAAUUAUUUACGCAAAACAACAUGUCAAAAUGCUCAAAAUUGAAGACGUUCCCUCGAGGACCGUUGUUCAGUAAUUCUGCCUUGACUGUGACCGUUGUCCCAGCCUCUACUACUUCAUCACUUGAUGCACCAUGUUAGUUCCCUAGAAGUUAUCUUGGUGCUGAACAAGCAAUAUCAGCGAAAAAAUAAAGUGGUCAUCCUCGGAAUUUGUACCUUCUUUAUAACGCUCCAUUCUGAUGACUCGUGUGCUAUCCACUUUUCCUUUUUUAUAGUUAUAGCCCAGAAUUAAUGAGAACGCACCGGGAUUCCGAUUCCACUGAACGUUUUUCCGUCAUGUGAGUUCUAAUUGCAGUUUUAUGCAAAUUGAAAGUGCUGAAGGAUGAACAACUCGAUGUAUCACUGGAAAGUCGUCAACAAUUUGCAGAUUUUUUAUUUUCGAACUUACGAAGAGAGUCUUCUAAUCUUUCAGAAAAAUUAGAACAGGAAACAAGUGAAUUCGGUGGAUUUUUUCAUCACAUUCCAAUGAAAUGUUAUAAAAUACAUUUCAGUGCAUCGAUGUGACUUUUUAUCGUUUCGUUUUGAAAUUUAUAAACGAGAAUGAAAGAAAGAAGUCACUUUAUUAAGAAGUCACUUUAUUGAUAAUAAGCGAUGAUGGAGAGUAAUUAUUUUUGUCGAUUAAUGUUUUUAAUUAUCAAGUUUUAUCCAAAUGAAGAUGUUAGAAUUGUAAAUAUCCUAAGAAUUGUUUAGAUGCAAGAACAAAUUAUUUAUAGAUUGAGUUCGUCAUUAAAUUUAUUUCUUCGUCAGCGAA